UUCUCCCCCCUGCUACUUCUUCCUCCAGGUUUGCACACGCGUACGAAACCAAUCCUCUCGGCGGCUUGACGUCUUUGCCUUGCUUCUUGAUUGAGUCCAGUCACCUCUCUCCUCUUCCCCUUUGGAGCUCCCUCGCUCCGUCCCUGUCCAUUUAUAGCCUCCGAGAAAGUGCAGUGCGCCCAAGGGAGUGUACCGAGAGCCUCCCUCCAUGGCCGCUGGUCUCUCGGGCUCCACCAUGGCCAGCUUCGCCGUCAAGAACCCUCUGCUCGCCGCGGCCGCGCGCUUCCGGACGCUGCCUUCCCGCGUCGGCCGGCCUCUGCCGUUCUCCCCGUUCACGCGGACGGCGCGCAGGCGCGGGCAAGAGACCGUCACGUGCUUCGUUCCGCAGGAGGGCCAGGCGCCCGGCCCGGCUCCCGAGCCCGUGCCUUCGCUGGAGGAAGAGGCGGCGUCCGCGGCGGCGCGCCGCGUGGCGGAGAGGAAGGCGCGGAAGCAGUCCGAGAGGCGGACGUACCUGGUGGCCGCCGUCAUGUCCAGCCUCGGGGUCACCUCCAUGGCCAUCGCCUCCGUCUACUACCGCUUCGCCUGGCAAAUGGAGGGCGGCGAGGUGCCGAUGACCGAGAUGCUGGGCACGUUCGCGCUCUCCGUCGGCGCAGCGGUCGGGAUGGAGUUCUGGGCGCAGUGGGCGCACAAGGCGCUGUGGCACGCGUCCCUGUGGCACAUGCACGAGUCGCACCACCGGCCGCGCGACGGGCCCUUCGAGCUCAACGACGUCUUCGCCAUCAUCAACGCCGGGCCGGCCAUCGCCCUCCUCGCCUACGGCUUCUUCCACCGCGGCCUCGUGCCCGGCCUCUGCUUCGGCGCGGGCCUUGGGAUUACGCUUUUCGGCAUGGCAUACAUGUUCGUGCACGACGGCCUGGUCCACCGCCGGUUCCCCGUCGGCCCCAUCGCGGACGUGCCCUACUUCCGGCGAGUGGCUGCCGCUCACAAGAUACACCACAUGGACAAGUUCGAGGGGGUACCGUAUGGGCUUUUCCUGGGACCCAAGGAGCUGGAGGACGUUGGUGGCCUCGACGAGCUGGAGCAGGAGCUCGCCAGGAUCAACCGGACUCGGAGCAUCUGAAGGACUCUGGACAUGGCGGCAUACGCAGCUAGAAGAGCCUUGUGAUCUCAUCUAGCAGAUGAACUACAUUUCAAGAUUUUUUGUUACUUUUUGGUGGUUGCUAUUGAUUUAAUUGAUGGUUCUGGAGAACGGGAGUCCAGAACCGGAAGCAAGCUAAUGAUCAGGCAGUGGUGGUGGUGUACUCCCCGUUACUCGGCUGCAGGGUGCGUGGUCGCGUGGAUGUGUGCAAACAGUUCUAGGAAGAAGCACAGAUGGUUCAUGAGGCUGUGACAUGAUUUUAUUCUUUUUCCUGCCUUCGAGGUCUCACCACGUCCAUAUUUUUGUUUUGUGGAGACCCAACUCCAUGUCUUGCUCUUAUAUAUGGCUAGAAACUACGCUUCUGUGUAUAACAAGUAGAGAAGGUUGUGAACCACUUCAAUGAAAGUAAAAGUUGGCGGUUGGCAAGAACGCUGGAGAUUCA